UUUUUAGGUUUAUUCUGUGGAGGAGAACAUUAAAAACGAAAUCUAGUGAUUAUUUUUCGCCUUUUGUCUCUUUGGAUUACGAGAUUCCCAUUAACUCUUUAAGCCUUUCAAAUUCAUUUUUUUUUCCUUCGUUCAUCGAUAGAAAUUGGGAAAUAAAAAAACGAAAUUUUGUGAGGAGUUUUAAAAUUUCCUAUAUCUCCGUUUCUGGGUUUUUUUUGUUUCCUUUCAAUUUACAAUUUUUUUUUCUGGGUAUUUUGAAUUUUGGGUAUUACACGGUUUGCAUUAGACGAAUCCUGUGAAGAAGAAGAAAAAAAUCAUGUCUGAUGGAUACUACAAUUCGAAGAAGACUGAUGAUCUUUGCGAACAUGUUUGUGGACAGGGAUCAAAAGCAGCGAAGACAAUCUCAAGGCUUAAAUGUGUUCUUAGAGGUUUUGAUUUAAGAACAUACUUGUUGCUGUUUGUGUUGAUGCCGUUUGGUAUCUUGGCAAUCUAUUUACACGGCCAAAAGUUCACUUAUUUCUUCAGACCGCUUUGGGAAUCACCUCCGAAGCCGUUUGAGACCAUUCCUCAUUACUACAAUGAGAAUGUUACUAUGGAAGCUCUCUGUAGUCUUCAUGGUUGGGGAAUCAGAGAAUCUCCUAGGCGUGUUUUUGAUGCGGUUUUGUUUAGUAAUGAGAAGGAUCUUUUAACUGUUAGGUGGAAUGAGCUUUAUCCUUAUGUGACUCAGUUUGUGCUGCUGGAAUCGAAUUCCACGUUUACGGGUUUGCCUAAACCGUUGGUUUUUAAGAGCAAUAAGGAUCAGUUUAAGUUUGUGGAGUCACGGCUGACUUAUGGGACGAUUGGUGGACGGUUUAGGAAAGGCGAGAAUCCGUUUGUUGAAGAAGCGUAUCAGCGUGUUGCGUUGGAUCAGUUGCUUAGAAUAGCUGGCAUUGAAGAGGAUGAUCUGUUGAUUAUGUCUGAUGUUGAUGAGAUUCCUAGUGCUCACACUGUUAAUCUUUUGAGAUGGUGUGACGAUAUUCCUCCGGUUCUUCAUCUUCAGCUGAAGAAUUACUUGUAUUCUUUUGAAUACUAUGUUGAUAGCAAAAGCUGGAGAGCGUCUAUACACCGUUACAGUCCAGGGAAAACUCGGUACGCUCAUUUCCGUCAGAGCAAUGUUAUGUUAGCCGAUUCGGGUUGGCACUGUAGUUUCUGUUUCCGUUAUGUAAGCGAGUUUAUCUUCAAAAUGAAAGCAUACAGUCACUCGGACCGUGUCAGAUUCUCUCAUUACUUGAAUCCGAGGAGGAUUCAAGACGUUAUUUGCAAAGGAACUGAUUUGUUUGAUAUGUUACCAGAGGAAUACACAUUUAAGGAGAUUAUAGGCAAAAUGGGACCUGUACCUCGCUCUUAUUCAGCUGUCCAUCUUCCUUCAUACCUGCUGGAUAAUGCUGAGCAAUACAAAUACUUGUUGCCUGGUAACUGCAUGAGAGAAAAACAGACAGGGUUUAUGUGAUGAACACAUUGAAGGUGUUCUUGUAUAGUCUUAAACUUCAGGUCCUUAGCAUCAUUCUUGAGAUGAAAGGUGCAAUCUUUUUGCCUGGGAGAGAAGAAAUGAAGAAAGUAAUGCCAUAAUUUGAUACUUUGUCGAGGCGCAUAUAUAACCUGAAUGCUGGAUUCAGUUUGGUGGGUUUCCAUCAGUUUCUUUUGAUACAGGAGGGUUUGUGUGAAAAAGGAGCUUACUUUGAGUUAGAGCUGCACAACACGUCCCAGGUUUUUUCAACAAUGGGAAAAUAUGUUGCUGCCGAAGGCUGAUUGAUUUAGUAGUAUAGCAGUUUCAGGAUCCAUUUUGUUUAUAUAACAUUUUCUUCAUUGUUUUGAGUUUAGUUCUGGUUAUAUCAUUCUUAUACAACAGUGUCCCUCUUAUUUAAAGCCUUCUUUGCUCUGAUUCUCUAAUCAA